GCAGCGUCAAAUGUUGCUCAUAGGGCAUUCAUCGCAGUGACUAUUUUUCAACAUUCCCCUCAAAGAGAGAGGUAGAUUUACAGAAUGAGAGCAAGCAUUUUCAGGAGAUGUAAAAAUGAAGAUCAUAUUUAAGCGCCACAGGAGGCUACCGGGGGUUCGGUACUUCUCAUCGGGGAACAAGCAAAAGGAAGAAGUGAGGAAAACCAUUCUGUACGACGUGCACAAAAAGAACAACGCGAUUUUCAAAAUCCACAGCGGGUACUACCUCCCGAAUGAAUACAAAGACUUCACGCUGAUAACAUCGCAUUUACACACGAGGUCAAGCUGCUCCCUUUUUGAUUACACAUACAGGCCAAUCUUAAAGAUAAGUGGGGCAGAUAAAACUCACUUUUUAGAAAAGUACGUGGGUAGCGACAUCAAAGGGUUGUGGGAAAAUGAAUGUCGAAUAAGUUUGCUGCUAAACGAAAAGGGAGGAAUCGUAGAUGACAUAGUGAUUAUACUAAGGGAGAAUCAUUUGCUCCUAUAUUUAAAUAUACAGUGCAAGGAUAAGGUGUUCAGCUACUUAAAUGAAAAGCUACUGGAGAAUACCAAAAUGGAUGUGAAGAUAGAAGAGUAUACUUCUCACAGGUCUAUAUGCAUUCAGGGGAGCAAAUCCGCCAACGUGCUGAAUGAAAUCAUAGGGGAUGAUACCUACUUGGAAAAUUGUAGCUUUAUGUCAAGCAAUGUUACCAAGUUGAAUAAGAUAGAGGGGUGCGUCCUUAAUAGGUACACCUGUACUGGUGAAGACGGCUUUGACAUUUUAGUACCAAAUAAGCACGUGGGAGAAUUGUACCAAUGUAUUUUAAACAACUCUUUGGUAAAGCCAGGAGGGUUAGAAGUUCUGAAUACUCUCAGAUUGGAAAGUGGAUUUUGUGUGUAUGGAAAAGAUAUCAAUGAAAAAUUGACGCCCAUCGAAUCGAAUUAUAAAUGGGUGCUAGGUCAGAGAAGACUGAAGGAAUUAGAUUUCAAUGGUGCGCAUGUUAUAAUAAACCAAAUUAAAAACGGCACAACUAUUAAGCGAGUUGGACUAAUCAUGGACUCGACUAUCGUUCCGAAGGAGAAUUCAAAAAUUUACACCAAUGAAAAUGCGCACGAAGAGAUAGGUUACAUAACCAGCAGCGUUUUUUCGCCCCUUUUACAGAAGCCAAUUGCCAUGGGUUACAUAAAGACGGAGCACGCCGCUGCUAAUAACCUUAUAAAAGUGGAGUGCCUGAACAAGUUGGAAGUCGCUCAGAUUAGCAAAAUGCCAUUUGUCCCCCUGUCCAUAUAUAAGAUGUGAAGGGGGGGUUGGGGCCCGUUCGAGGUGCGCGAGAGGGGCGGUUUGGCGCUUCUCCGCAUGUACGGAGGAGUUUGUAUGUGUGUCCAUGUAAUGAGCACCCCGCCGCGUGUACCCAUCGUCUACCACCACACUAUUAUGCAUCUUGUUCCUAAUUACACCGUGUAAUGGAGAUGGCACCCGACACACACGAACCCAUUAUCCAUAUCACACAGUUUUAAUUAACUCAACCAGGAUGGGGAUACACUUCCCAUUCAGCACCCCCUCCUUCGGAUAUGAAUGUCCAAAAAAGGAAGCAUAAACACGCUAACAUUUUUGGGCCGCCCUUUUUCCCACUUCUAUAAUUUGCUGCUGUUUUAACGCAUAAGCCCACAUUCUUUCAUUUUGUAACUUUCACUGGAACGUUCGCAAAAAUGGGAACAAAAGUUUUUCAAGGACCACACUGCACGGACUACGUUACACACACACGUAUGCGCACACGUUGUGCAUUUGUGGGCCCUUUUACUGUUUAAUCAUCGAGCACGCCCAUGAACAGUGCUGCGCAAAUGUUUUCAAAAACUUGCAGGAAUUGUUUGCACACCGUCGCUUCUAUGGUUGCUUCUAUGACUUUUUGUGAAUUGCAAAUUUGGAUUUUUUUUUUGAAAAUUUUUUAUCGCUUUUCUACCUAUGAAUUUUUUCGCCUGACAACUU